UACAUUCUAUACAAAACGCCUGAGCGGUAGUGAGUGUUAAUUUGGAAUUUAUUUAAUUAACGGUAUACGGUAAUAAAAAUGAAGUUUCUGUGGCUAAUGCUGCUAGUGAAGGACAUAUUGUGUCUUUACACACAUAAGAGUUUAUUAAAGGGUUUGACAGAUAACAACUUAUUGGCUGUCCAACAUCUUCAAGAAUAUAUUCGGAUUGAUUCAAGCAAAACGGAGAAUUAUGAUUCAGUGGUAGAGUUUUGGCAACGUUUGGCAGACGAGAUAAACCUACCGUUGAGAGUGUAUCGCCCAGCAGGUUUUCCUGUCUGUGUACUUACAUGGAUUGGAGCCAAACCUGACCUGCCCAGUAUCAUGCUGAACACACACUCUGACGUUGUUCCUGCCUACGAUUAUUUAUGGAAGUACCCACCGUUUGCGGCAGUUAUUGAUAACAACGGAGACCUCUAUGGGCGAGGGGCCCAAGACACAAAAUCCCUAGCAAUUCAACAUUUUGAGGCGAUCAAAGAGCUGAAAAACAAUAAUAUCACUUUACAGAGGACUAUUCAUCUUACGAUUUUACCAGACGAAGAAGUGGGAGGCUUUCGUGGAAUUAAGGCGUUCAUAGAAAGUGGUGAUUUUAAAAGACUUAACGUCGGUUUCGUGCUUGAUGAGGGUCUGACGGCACCUGACAACACUUAUCUUGCUACGUACUUGGACAGACGACCUUGGCAAAUAAAUAUGACAUUUUAUGGGCAAGGCGGACAUGGCUCGGAAAUUGCGGACAAAGGUGUUAUUAAGAAGCUUGACUACAUAUUGAAAUACACAUUGCAAUAUCAAAAGGAACAGAAAGAAGUAAUGGCGAGAGGGAAUAAUGCAUGGUUGGGACGAUUCACUACUAUGAAUAUCAAUAUCAUUAAGACUGGAAUAGCAACAAACAUUAUGCCGAGCCUUGUAAAUGUGGUCAUUGAUAUGAGACUGGCUACCGACGUUAGCAUCUCUGAUAUACAACAAAUGAUUGACACGUGGCAAAAUGUGACGGGUCCAGGAACAACUGUGGAGUUCCUUCGUCGUGAUGAGGUGUCGCCUGCAACGACUCUAGCCAACAACUGUUAUUGGAACGCUAUGCUGGAGGCUGCUGCGGAGUUGAAUAUCACAAUAAAACCAGUGGUGUUGGCUGCCACGUCAGACAUGGUGGUCGUUAGAAAACUUGGGAUCCCGGCCAUUGGUUUUAAUCCUAGCAUAAACACGAUUUCACGUGUACAUAAUAACGACGAAUAUGUCAACAUUGAAACAUUUAUACAGGGCAUUCAAGUUGUCAAAAAUAUUGUUAUGAAAUUGAGUAAUGUACUAGAAUAACAAUGAGUACUCAAUUUUAUUAAAACUUAAAAAAAAAACACUACAAUGUAAAGUACUUAUAAUAAUUUAGUGGCACUAAAAGCUACAAAUAAUAUUGGCCUUGGCCGCAGAUUGCAUCAUCUUUGAUCAUUUUAUGGACAAGUAGGUGAGGUGAGCCAUACAUUUGGGUUUUGAGACUUGCCGGUUUUCUCAUGAUGUUUACCUUCAGCGACGGAGAAAAUAUUAAUUGCGCUCAUAGAUAAACUUAUUCGUGCACAGCCAUGAUUUGCAUGUAGUCGUACGCUUAAACCACAAGGCCACCACAAUCUGCAACAAUAUAAUAUACAAAAGUAACGGAUACAUUGCAUAUAACUUCGGGGCAAUAUAUGGUGUUAAUAUACAUUUCAGUAGACUCUAAACAUAAUAUCAAAUAAUUAUCUGUCAACUUCAUGUGGCAGUCUCUCGAUCUCCAUUCAAAGCAUUGAAAACGUGGUGAGUUGUGAAUAAUGUAACAAACUCGUGAUUAUAUACGUUCAAGAAGUUUCAGCGUGUGACGUUUCUGAGGUAAAGACUUGAACCCUUGUACACUAAAGGACUGUCCAUCUAUGUGCACAACACCCAUACGGUGAAGUAAAAUAUCGUAAGGAAACCGACAUGCCUUAAACCCAAAAGUCUAGCGCGUGUAGAUCACCAACUUGCCUAUUAAAAAGAAAGCAAUAAUCAUGAAACAGAUAUUAAAAGUAUUAAAAACGUAAAAAAAAAUGUUAAAACGCUUGUACUAUUUGUCAGAUUAGAAAAAUAGGCUUUAUAAUAAGAGAUAUAAAUAAUGGAAUGCAGAUUGAACUGGGUUUCACAUUAUCAAUUAAUUAGCUAAUUUUCUAUGCUGUUUGGCCUGUCUAAUGUAGCGCGAAAUGUAAACUUAGUUACCCAGAGCUACUGUAGUAAAACAUAAUUCAAGUGAUUUUAUUAGAAGGAAUUUCAGCAUAAGAAAAAUUAUAUAUUGUGAAGUUGAUGUAGAUCGCUAAAUCAACAGCGCGCGGUGCUCCACUGUAAUGGGCGCCUCGUACGUGCCGCAACAUUUUUAAAAGGACUUUUUCGCAGCCGCCGCUCUCUGUUUGCCGAGCGUCGUCGGAUUUGAGAAUAGUCACGCUUUUAGCGAACAAAUGAAUUCUCUGGAACAAUUGGGAUUCGCUGAGUAAACUGUUUAGCGUCCAAUUGAGGAAAAAUUGUUACUUCCAUAAAAGGAUCUCGGAAAUAUGUAAAUUUAGACCCGAAUAUUAAAAAAUAUAUAUCUUUAAAUGUAUAUGUAUCUGAAUGAACGAUGAAACUACAUAAUUAUUUUGCUCUGAAGCGCGUCUCAAUUAUUUAUCUGAGUUUGAUUUGUGAUACAGUAGAGCUGGGGGCGGGUAGGCGUUAAUUGAAAUAAAUUGUCAUGGCAAACGGCGGCGGGACAUAAAUCAGAGUGCCGCGGGCUACGAGCUAAGUGCCUGCUACUAUACGCUACGCCGUAGCAACAUAGAUAUUAACUAUUAAAUAUUAUUUAGUUAUUGUCAAUUAUAGUCCUCAAUUACAUUCAAAAAGAGGUCUUUAAGCAACUAUCGAUUUCUUGUAAGUGAAAACACUGCUUCCCGGUUGAGGAAGGGUUUGGCUUUAUUAUCAACAAAACCUUUAUUUAUUAAAUGCCGUACACAUAACUUUUUAAUGUUAAGUAAAAAAAUGAAGCCCAUCUAUGUCACUGAUAGGUCUACGUGAAUGAUGACGCAAGACACCACGAGACGAAUUAAUUGAGCUGAAGGCGGUGAGCAGCGUCAUGUCCGAAGUGCUCGUUUGUCACCGCGCCAGGUGACGCUUUACCGACCGAGGGGUGCCACUUGCUAGGCCUCAAUCACAAUAUUUCUGGAUACGGCACUUGUUUUUAUCUUAAUUUAUUG